AUGGCUGUCAACAUGAGGCUGUUCCAAUGUAUUCUCUUGGCCCUAAUAGUUGUGGAGUUGCAAGCCGCCACCUUUGAAGCUACAGAGUUUCCUGAAUGCGCAGUCAAUUGUAGCCAGAAAUUGUUUACAGAUUGUGUAUUGAGCAAUAACACUACAUGUGUCUGUUCGCCUAGCUCAUGGGCUACCGAGUUAUUGGACUGUGUUCAGACAGAGUGUCUUUCCAAAGACAUCUUCACUACAAGAAGACUAUGGGAGAAAGGAUGUGAUAUCCCAAUUCUGAAAGGACCUUCGGCUGUACAGGGCUCAACGCUGGUGCCGUUAAUCCUCGCGACAGUCUUCUUCAUUGGAAGAAUCUUCGCCAAGAGCAGCGGUCUAGCUGGUGGCUGGGGAUGGGAUGAUUAUACCAUCAUAGUCUCAUUUGUGAUGAUUGCCUCCUUGGGAUUCGGUCAAAACAUCUGGGACAUUCCAUUUGAGACUAUCACAGAAUUCUACAAGGGUUUCCAAGUCGUUGCUAUAACCUACAAGAUCCAGAUUUCUCUAGCCAAAAUCUCUGUCUGUCUCUUCCUGCUCCGAAUCUUCCAAACCACCUAUUUUUGUCGAAUUUCAUACGUCCUGAUCACUGUCAACGCCCUCACUGGUAUCGCCUGGGCCUUUGUCGACUCCUUCCGCUGCAUACCUAUCAAAUUGACUUGGCUUGGCUGGACAGACGAGGUACCAGGGACAUGCAUCAACUUCAUCGACUCGAUACUCGUGAAUUGUAUAGUCAACAUCAUUGUCGAUUCGAUCAUGGUCAUAAUGCCUGUAUACGAAGUCGUUCGGUUAAAGUUGCCUAUGCGGAAGAAGCUUGCUGUCGCACUGAUGUUCAUUGUAGCUUCAGUUCUCACCGUCAUCGCCAUCAUACGAGUCGUGGUCUUCUGGAAUAACCGCUGGGGCUAUAACCAAACUUUCGGGUUAUACCCAGUAGUCCAAUGGUCCAUCAUUGAAACCCAAAUCGCGGUCCUCUGCGCCUGUCUGCCUUCUUCCCGCGCUAUCGCUGGUCGGUAUUUCCCUGCCUCAAUCGGUGGCACCUCGAAACCUACCUAUCCCUCUCACGGAGUGGAGUACUCGGGUAGUACUAGUAGGACUGCACCCGGGACUAACGUCGAUAUCAACAAGUCUAUUACUUAUUCCGUCAGCUAUUCUUCACACUCGGAGGAUGAAAUUUCCGUGGAAUUGUUUGAUGUGGAGUUGGCUAAGCGUCCAAGACCUAGCUUUUUUUAA